AUGCUCGAUGUCCGUGACAGAACCACAGAAUUCCAACGUUCGGUCUUACAAUAUAACAAGCGAUCUCAAGAUGUCAUUAAAACCCAAAGUACUGUACAAAAAUCUCAGUUCCAACAACAAGCCUCUCUUAUUGCACACGAGAUCGCACAGACGGCGCAGCUCCUAGGUAAGCUUGCCCAGCUAGCCAAAAGAAAGCCUAUGCUUAAUGAUAACCCCGUUGAAAUAGCAGAGCUCACGUACGUGAUAAAGCGCAAGAUAUACGCAGUUGAACAGAAUAUGUUAAAUCUGGCCAAAUCUACCGGCGGUCAAAACGCUUCUUCGCAACCGGUUCAGCACACAAGAAACGUUGUAAAUCUUCUAAACACAAAAAUGAAAAACAUUAGUGGCGAUUUCAAAAGCGUACUCGAGCAACGCCAAAAGAUGGAACUGGCCAAUCGUGAUCGAUGGGAACAGCUGAGCGCACAAACGGAAGCUGAGCAACACCACUCGUACAAUAAUUCAAAUCCAUUUAUGUCAUCGGUUUUGAACGAGGAAGACGGAGCUUCGAAUCAGCUAGCACUUCCUCAAGACUCUCAGAUGCUCUUACUCGAGGAGCAGACCUCAUCGUCUGCCUACUUGCAAGAACGUAAUCGUGCAGUGGAAACUAUUGAGUCGACUAUUCAAGAGGUUGGUAAUUUGUUUCAGCAGCUCGCCCAUAUGGUGCAAGAACAAGGUGAAGUCAUUCAGCGAAUAGACGCGAAUGUGGACGAUAUCGAUUUGAAUAUUUCUGGCGCUCAACGUGAGCUUCUCAAAUACUUUGACCGUGUGAGCAGCAAUAGAUGGCUGGCGGUUAAGAUAUUUGCCGUUUUGUUUGUAUUCUUUCUGGUGUGGGUCCUGGUAAAUUAG